AUGUCACUCGAACGCAUGGACGCCAUUUUCGGCGAAGUAGACGCUGUUGCCGCUGGAGAAAUCGAGACCAUGUCAUCUGCUGAGAAAGAGAAAGAGAAAAUCGAGGAUAGGGAAUCAAUUGUUGGGGAUGAAAAAGCGACGAUGGUGGUGGUGGGGGUUUGGUUGAAUGUAGUCGUGCGGAUUCGAGGUGAUUUGUGGAGGUUGGAUGAUCUUGGGUAA